UUUCGCUUCACACUAAUGUUGCAGAAUGAGGAAGAGCUCGGUGAGACGGCCCCCGUGGUGAGCGAUGCCCCUCCGCCCUACAGCAGCAUUUCCACGGAGAAUGCAGCUUAUUUUGACUACAAGGAUGAGUCAGGAUUUCCAAAGCCGCCCUCUUACAACGUGGCCACAACACUGCCUAGUUAYGAUGAAGCAGAGAGAACUAAGGCAGAAGCGACGAUUCCCUUGGUUCCUGGCAGGGAGGAUGACUUUGUGACACGGGAUGACUUUGAUGAUACCGAUCAGCUGAGGAUAGGAAAUGAUGGCAUCUUUAUGCUGACUUUCUUCAUGGCAUUCCUCUUCAACUGGAUUGGAUUCUUCCUGUCUUUCUGUCUGACCACUUCAGCUGCAGGACGAUAUGGGGCCAUUUCUGGGUUCGGUCUGUCUCUUAUUAAGUGGAUCCUUAUUGUCAGGUUCUCCACCUAUUUCCCAGGUUACUUUGACGGCCAAUAUUGGCUUUGGUGGGUUUUCCUUGUACUAGGUUUUCUGCUGUUUCUCAGAGGAUUUAUUAAUUAUGCAAAGGUUAGGAAGAUGCCAGAUACAUUUUCCACUCUCCCCAGAACCAGAGUUCUCUUUAUUUACUAAAGAUGUUUUCUGGCAAAUGUCUUCCUGCGCUAGUGAAUUCUCCCCCGAGCAGUAACAGGACACCUGCAGGAAGUGAAUGGAGACUCUGGAGCAGAAGAAAAAAUAAUCACCUGCUUUAAAUAAAUAAAAGUACUGUUGAAAGGAAAAAAGAAAAAGAGGAGGAGAAGAAUUUCUUUCUAUUUGUUUCUAGGUGUAAAAUUUUAAUAACUAAUGCAGAAUUCUGUAAUCCUUGAAUCAUUAGUGGCUAAUGUCUGACCAAGCUAUCGCGAUCGAGUCUGUGACGUGCUAAUAAAGCCUUAUUCUAGAGUACCUGUAGUAGUGUGGGUAGCAUGAGCGGCGGCCCCCGAGGCAGCAGGGCACCGUCGCGCUGUGUUUUGUCCCCGUCCCCAUCCCACGAGCGGCUCUGGACGCGGCGCCGAGCGGACGGGCUCGGAGGUGGCACCUCGGGGGGCGGCUGUUAAGGCCUCGCUGGAAGAGCGCUCUGUUCCCCAGGCAGCACAGUUAUUCAUUUUCUUUUUUUAAUAGUCUAUAUUCUACAUGUUCUAGUAUACUUUACUUUCAUACUACCUACUAUUUGGACUAUAUAGGGGUUUUCACAUGUUGGUAGUGUAAAGAAGAAAGGUCACGCUGCAACUUUGUAUAAAAAAUAAUCUUGCAAAACAAAGGCCUUUUUCUUUAUUUUUUUCCCCUUUGGCUUGGGACUUCUGAGACAAUUCCUAACAUACCUGUCGUUCUUGCUUUUAUAAUUUAUGUUAGCAGAGACUAUGAUGUGUUAUAAAUGUAGAUUUAAUGUGCACUUCUGUGCUUUCUGCCAAGUGGUAAUUCACUUUGGAGUUUUACUAUGUUAAAACUGUAAAUAUAGCAGAACAUUAAUAAAUGUCACUUAUGUAGCAA